AUGGAGUGGGACAUUGCCCAAGCCUUCCAGGAAGAGCUGAGAUGCCCCAUCUGCAUGGAAACCUUUAUCGACCCAGUCACCAUCCACUGUGGGCACACUUUGUGUCAACCGUGUCUGGGCCUCGUCUGGGAAGAAGCUGAGACUCCAGCCAGGUGCCCUGUGUGCAGGCAACCCUCUCAGCAAAAAGAGCUCAAAACCAACAUUGCUUUACAGAGUCUGGUGUCCAUCAGCCGACAAAUCAGCCUCCGACAAUUCCUGAGCUCUGGGGAGCAUACAUGCUGCACACACAAGGAGACCAAGCAGAUGUUUUGUGAAGUGGACAAGAGCCUGCUGUGUCCUCACUGCUCUCCGUCUCGGGAACUCGAGGCUCACAGACACCAACCUGUCGACUGUAUUACUGCAGACAAACGGAAGAUUAUUUUAAAGGAAAUGGACACUAUAUGGGAGAAAAUACAAGAAAACCAGAGCAAUAUAUACGAGAAGAGGAACAUCAUCAACCAGUGGGUUUGGUACAUGAAUCUACACAGGGAGAUGACCAAAGAUUUUUAUUCAGCACUGCAUCUGGGUCUCCGGGAGGAGGAAAUACGACUUUGGAGAUACUCAAAGAGAAAGGAAGAGUCAUCUUUCUGCAACUCAGGACAAUGGAAACCCAAAUGUUUCAGAAAAGCAGUAACCUCAGAAACAUAUAUCAGGAGCUGA